CAGAGACUUCGGGACCAUACAGUCGCCAUCAGCCAGUGCGUCAAAAGUAGUAGACUCUCUCCAACACCCGAAUCCGAAAGAAAAACCCAACGACCAACACCAAAUACUUAUAAAAGAUGCGUUUUUCAUCCGUCUUGGUCUCCGCGCUCUUUGGAGCUUGCGUCGAGGCCCGCCUCGUACUGCAGAAAGGGCCGAGCAAGCGCUUAGCCAUGCUGCAAAUGAAGGAGAAGCUGAAUCCAGGAGAAAUCGCCGAAGUCCUGAGAGUUAAGGCGCUUUGUCCUGUAAGUACACCACAACAAAUAACUUGUCGUCCUUGUCAAUCCGCAUCCAAACUAUAGUAGAGCAAGAAGAAGAACAGAAAUGUGCGCCAAAAGCAUACCUACUUCUCUGACACUCACUUUCCCCACCCCAUCCUGCUUCCCCAACCACGCCCGUUUGUCCCCUACCUACGUUCCCGCCGGCCUACGUUUCAUAGAAACCAAGACGAACAGCGCGAAGGCUAUGGUGAACCCAGCUGAGUUGCCGGUGGCCUGUCAGGCAGUGCAAUGUGCUAACAUUGCGGACAUCUGCCCUCUAGACAUUGUAUGGAAGCAGGGAGCCUGCUGCCCAGUGUGCCAGACGGAAGUUAUGAGCUGUGACUGCGUUUUACAGAGGAUGUCCCAGGUGUUUGUAGGUGGAUGAGGGUGAGUAAGGGUACGAGGGAUAAUUUGAAAGUGUUUUUUGGUCUGUAGUAGAUCACUUCUGCAUCAACUCUACAGCCUGUUAUUGACUACUAACUCACCUGUUCAAGAAGCUCUCAUCAAGAGUCACUUUCGCAGACUAUUUAUUAGAAAUAUUCCACCUUCUUUUCUGUCUUCGCUCAACUGUCCUCGUUCCCAAAUGCCUCUAACCACCGCUACGAGCCGGGAAUGACGCCAGUGACAGAUGAGUACCUGGUGGAGAUGUGGCAAGGUGCAGAUAUGACCUCCUGCAACAACGUGAAGUGCUUCCGGCUGCAGUGUCCACCAGGAGAGGCACCGGCUGCGCCAAGUGGAGGAUGCUGCAAGGUUUGCAAAAAGAAGCUGUAGACAAAAAGCUUCGGAAGAUGAAGAUGAAGUAAAGAGGAGGGAGAAGGUUGUAGAGGAAGGAGACGGAGCUGGUCAUGUCGUCGUAGGGGUAGGUAAGAUAUUUCUUGAGUAUAGAGAGGCGAUUGCAGCAGAAGAGUAAGACCUAGUUGUAUUUGGAUAUAUUUAUUAUAAUUUAGAUGAUAUCAAUAACGUUGGGGUUGGGAACGAAGUAGAAGAAGAUCUCUGUAUUUUCAAAAAUUUAGAUUAUUUAGAUUUAUUUAGAAAAACCAACAGGAGGGGGCAGCAUCAUAGCGGGGCAGAAAAUUCUUUCACCUAUUUACCGGAGGUAGUACAAGAAUGCAGUGACGGUUUAGUUGAACAGAGUAAAUGGGUCUCACAGACCCGGCGUGUGAAGCAUCAUGUUUUUUCCCGAUUUAUUUAUUUGUUUAAUCACACCAAAGUCGGUCGCACGGCGAUGAUAUCACCAUUAAGAUAGGGUUUUUCCUAUUCGAGUUCGAGUUGCUUCUUUCUCGCCAAUUUUUCGAUCUUGUGCUUAUCUUUUCAUACGUCUUACAAUUAUUAUCUUUUCAUGCUGUUCAGUUGCAUUAUCAGGCGUUAACUUUUAGUUGAUGUAGUUCAUGAUUUCGUAUUGUUCGUGACCAGGAAGUUGCAAUCGGAUUGGACGACAGGCGUUGAUGUCAAAAAAUUUCCCAUCGCUCAUUCUAGUUCCACGAAGACCGUCGUGGAUUCUUGUACCUUCCGUAUGUGAAAGCGCGCUCCAUCGCGAGUGCCUCUCUGCUCUUUUGUGCGAUGUUUCCUGUGCUGUCUGCACUGCCGAAAGUGUGCUUCGUUUCUUCCUUAUUGGUCGCAUUUGCUCUCCUCUGGCUUUGUCAAGCAAAAGAGCAAUCAUGCACUGGUACUAU